UAUUGUCCAAAAGUCUCACAUUAUAUUUUCCUCUUUUUCUUUUGCAACCUCAAGCUGUUCCAUUAUAUUGUCUCUAUUAAAUCUAAAUUUACACUAAUUCUCAUUCCAAACAUGAACAUUUCGGGAAAGGAAAAGGAGGCAGCCAGUACGCAGCCGCCGCCGCCCGUGGCCAGCGUCAAGGUCGGACCCGACGGGCUGACAAAUGAAGAGCGGUUGUACCAGGAGACUGUGCGACUGCUGCAAAAAACGUACGCAAAGAAGAUAAAGCCUCUCGAGCAGUCGUACUGCUUUGAGGGAUUCCAUUCCGCACCGCUGACAGCACAGGACAUUGGGUCCAAGCCCAUGGUCCUUCUUCUGGGACAGUAUUCGACAGGAAAAACAACGUUUGUCGAGUACCUGCUCGGUGAGUCGUACCCGGAUGCACACGUUGGAAUUGAGCCGACGACAGACCGCUUUGUGGCGAUUAUGAACGGGCCCGAACCAAAGGUCAUUCCAGGCCACGCCGCCGCAGUGUCGGGCGACUUGCCAUUCUCGGGGCUCACCAAGUUUGGGACCAAGUACUUGUCGCGGUUUCAGGUUGCGCAGCUGAAUAAUCCGCUGCUGUCUAACCUGACGAUUAUUGACACGCCAGGAAUUCUGUCCGGGUCCAAGCAGAUCCAGCGCGGUUAUGACUUUGUGUCGGUCAUUAACUGGUUCGCCGAGCGGUCGGAUCUCAUUCUGCUGCUGUUUGAUAGCUACAAGCUUGACAUCUCAGACGAGUUCAAAGGUGCGAUCCAGUCGUUGCGUGGGCACGAGGAUAAGGUGCGCAUCGUGCUGAACAAAUGCGAUCAGGUCAACCAGCAGCAGCUGAUGAGGGUGUACGGGGCGCUGAUGUGGUCUCUGGGAAAGGUCAUCCCGACUCCCGAGGUCAAGCGCGUCUACCUAGGCUCGUUCUGGCCCAAGUACAAGACGCCUGUGGGCACUGUGCACGAUGAAAACAGCGAGCUUCUGAUCAGCGAGCAGCGCGACCUGCUGCGCGACCUGCGAAGUAUUCCGAAGAACGCCGCUUUGCGCCGCGUCAAUGAGAUUGUCAAGCGCGCACGCCAAGCGCGGGUGCACGCGCACAUUAUCGGGUACUUGCGCAGCGAGCUGCCUUCGAUGUUUGGCAAAGACAAAAAGGCCAAGGCGAUGCUUGAAAAUUUGCCCGCGGAGUUCCGUAAAAUCCAGGUCAAGUACAAUCUGCCGCCGGGCGAUUUCCCUAACCCCGAGGCAUUCAAGAGCGACCUAGAGGCAUUCAAGAUUGCCGACUUUAACAAAUUCAACCAGAAGCUCAUUGACAACGCCGACGAGGCGCUUUCGGUGGAUUUCCCGCGUUUGAUGCAAAAGUUCCCCAGCGACAACAGGCCCUCGGCUGAUAUCGGGCUUCCCGAUUCCGGGGGCGAAGAUGAAGGCAGGCUCGCCAGCGGCCGGUCCAGCGAAAAGCCCAGCAGCAAGGCGUUAUAUUCACCGAUUACAGGGCAGUCAGGCCAUCAGGUUCCGUACCCGCCGCCGUACUCGGCGUUCUCGGCGGGUGGUUCAGCAAGCAGCCGCAAUCCCUUUGGCGAUGACACGUCGAGCAACCCCGCCAUGCUGCGGUACAGGUUAAUUUUCGAUGGCGCAUGCGACCCCAAGCGCAAAAUGAUUUCGGCCGAGCAUGCCCGGGUGUUGCUGGCCGAGUCUGGGCUCGCACAUGACAAACUCAGGGAUGUGUGGAACGUCGCCGACUGGGACAGACGGGGCGAGCUGGACCAGGUGCAGUUUGAGGUGGCCAUGCGCCUAUGCGAUCACUUGAAGAGCGGCGCGCCUCUUGAAGCUGCUAAGCAGCAAAUUUUCGGAGAGCUUGGCCUUCAAAGUCGUCUUUUUGACUAGCUCAGGUAAAUAGACAUUCAAAGCGAGUAAUAAAUAUCAUUUUAAUCGAUUAUAAGCGCAUAAUUGUGACAACAUGGCUGCAUAUCUGUUUUAUUUUUUAUUACAAGUGGUCACAUCAUUGCACAUUGUCACCAAUAUAUGGCAAUUUAGUGAAUGAUGUGGGGGGCGAAAAUGACAAGCGUUGAUUAAUAUAGAGUCCACGCUGGCAUUGAUAUAAAAUAAAUAAAAGACAAAAACUAAAGUUAUCCACGCUGGAAUUGAUAUCAAAUGUUAGCUGAAAAUGCCAAAUAAUUUAAUAUUUAAGGCGACCCAUUGCGUGCGAGCAUUAAAGCAGAU